CAGCCCGCGGCGCCCGCCCUCCGUCCCCCGGCCCCGCCGCGCCCUCCGCUCGCACCCGCCGCGCCCCGCGCCCCCGGCCCCGGGCGGCGGCCUCCGGCCCCGGGCGGCGGCGUGGCACGGGCGGCAGCAUGGUGGAGAAGCGCUGCCCGCUGCAGAGGGACGGUGUGUACCGUUGGUUCUCGGAGCUGCCGUCGCCACAGCGCGUGGAGUUCCUGUGCGGCCUGCUGGACCUGUGCAUCCCUCUCGAGUUGCGCUUCCUCGGCUCGUGCCUCGAGGACCUGGCGCGCAAGGACUACCACUCGCUGCGCGACUCAGAGAUCAAGGCCAACAACCCCGCCGACCUGGGCAGCCUCACCAACCUGACAGACGAGGUGGUGCGCAGCAAGCUGCUGGUGUCGCUGGCGCUGUUGGGCUCGGAGCAGCGCGAGGCGGCUGGCGUGCUCUACCGCACGCUCACGCACAUCGACUCCAUCAUCCACAACUACGGGCUGCAGCUCAACGAGGGCCGCACGGGCGAUGAGUUCCUGCUGCUCUUCACCAUGGCCUCCAACCACCCGGCCUUCAGCUUCCACCAGAAGCAGGUGUUGCGCCAGGAGCUCACGCAGAUUCAGAGCAGCCUGAGCGGCGGUGGCGGGGGCCACGGGGGCAAGAGCGCGCUGCCCACCUGCCCGUCUUGCCACAAGGUCACUCCAAGAACUGAGACCCCUGUCACCAGUGUGAGUAAUAGUUUGGAGAAUGCACUACGUACAUCAGCACAUUCCACUGAGGAGUCGCUGCCCAAGAGGACUGUAGGAAAACACUCCAAAGUGAGUGUUGAAAAGAUAGACCUGAAGGGAUUAUCACACAAAAAAAAUGAAAGAAAUGUUGAAUGUUCCUUUGAGGUCUUGUGGUCUGACUCUUCAGUAACAUCCGUAACCAAAUCUUCCUCUGAAGUGACUGAAUUUAUUUCAAAGUUAUCUCAGCUAUACCCUGAAGAAAAUUUGGAGAAAUUCAUUCCUUGCUUAGCUGGCCCAGAUUCGUUUUAUGUAGAGCGAAACCACAUAGAUCUGGAAGCGGACCUGAGGUAUUUGGCUUCAUUACCUUCUCAUGUACUGAAAAAUGACCAUGUUAAGAAGUUUUUCAGCACUUCAUCUCCCACCCAACAGCUUCAAAGUCCAAGUCCUGGCAACCUUUCCCUUUCUAAAGUCGGUACCGUGAUGGGCGUGUCUGGAAGGCCUGUUUGCGGAGUGGCCGGCAUCCCAUCCUCUCAGAGUGGCACCCAGCACCACAUGCAGCACUCAGCUGGUGCGGCCACCUUGCCCCACUGCUCCCACACAGGGGGUGGGGGCUCAGCACUGGCCUACCGGACUCAGAUGGACACCUCGCCUGCCAUCUUAAUGCCUUCCAGUCUGCAGACUCCUCAGACCCAGGAGCAAAAUGGGAUUUUAGAUUGGCUGAGGAAACUGCGUUUGCACAAAUACUAUCCUGUCUUUAAGCAGCUCACAAUGGAAAAGUUUCUGAGCCUUACUGAAGAAGAUCUAAAUAAAUUUGAAUCCCUCACCAUGGGAGCAAAGAAAAAACUCAAGACUCAACUGGAGCUAGAGAAGGAGAAGUCAGAGAAACGAUGCAUGAACCCCUCAGCCCCACCCACUGUCACCAGUAGCGGAGUGGCCCGCGUGCCCCCCACCAGCCACGUGGGGCCCGUGCAGAACGUACGGAGCACCCACGCUGCAGCACUGCGGGUGGAAGUGGAGCAGACGCCUCACCAGGCGGCCCGAGAAGGCAGCUCCUCAGAGUGCUCCAGCUCUUCGCCCAGCCCGAUGGGGGUGCAAGCCCGGGAAGAGAGCUCAGACAGUGCUGAGGAGAAUGACAGGCGUGUAGAGAUGCACAUGGAAGGUCCCGAUAAAGAGAAGCCUGUCAUGCUGCUGAAUCAUUUCACUUCAGCUUCCACCAGACCCACGGCUCAGGUUCUUCCUGUGCAGAAUGAGGCCGGCUCCAACCCGUCAGGCCACCACCCUCUGCCUCCUCAGAUGAUGACUGCAGCCUCGCACAUUGCACCCAUCCGAAUGCUGAACUCUGUGCACAAAUCGGAAAGGGGAGGUGCAGACAUGAAGCUCCUCUCAUCUUCCAUGCACUCACUGCUCUCACUAGAAGAAAGGAAUAAAGUCUCUGGACCAAGAAGCGGCAUCAAAGUGGACAAGAGCUUUGGCAAUGCCAUGAUGGACGUGUUACCCACAUCUGCCCCUCAUCAGCCCAUGCAGGUCCUUUCUGGACUUACUGAGAGCAGCUCUGUGUCACCCACCGUGUCCUUUGGUCCUCGUACCAAAGUCGUCCACGCGUCUGCACUGGACAGGGUGAUGAAGCCGGCCCAGCAGCCGGCCCUGGUGGUGGAGACGAGCUCUGCUGCCAUGGGGACAUCCAGCACGGUCUUCCACGUGGCUCGGCCACCAGUGAAACUUCUGAUGUCUUCGUCUGUCCCUGCAGAUUCUGCCAUUUCUGGGCAAACCUCCUGUUCUAAUAGUGUGCAGAUCAGUGUGCCCCCUGCAAUAAUAAACCCUCGGACUGCUCUCUACACAGCCAACACCAAAGCUGCCUUCUCUGCAAUGAGCAGUGUGCCCGUGGGCCCCCUGCAGGGCAGCUUCUGUGCGAACAGCAACACUGCCUCCUCCAGUAGCCACGCUUCCCCGUCCUUCCCAAACAUGGCCACUGUGCCCAGCUGCCCCGCCCCCAGCUCCAGCCCUGCACUCUCCUCAGUCCCUGAAAGCAGUUUCUACAGCAGCAGCAGCAGCAGCAGUGGCAGCGGCUCCCCUGGGAACAUUCCUGCCUCUGCCCAGAACCACCACCACCACCACCACCAUCAGCAACCAACGGCACCACAGCAACCCUCACCCGGCCCUCCACCCGGCUGCGUCGUGUGCACGUCGUGUGGAUGCAGUGGGAGCUGUGGCUCUGGCGGCCUGACUGUCAGCUAUGCCAACUAUUUCCAGCACCCAUUCUCGGGGCCGUCCGUCUUCCCCUUCCCCUUCCUACCCUUCAGCCCCGUGUGUGGCAGUGGCUAUGUGGGCACCCAGCAGUAUGGCAGCAGCGCCUUCCCAGUCAUGCCCUCACCCUAUGGCAGCAGCGUGCCCACGGAGCCCGUGCUGGGCGGCCAGUCCACCUUCACUGUCCCUCCCAUGCAGAGCUUCAUGGCAGGGGCAGCCGGUGUGUACCAGGCCCAGGGCUUGGUGGGCAGUAGCAAUGGUUCCAGUCACAAAAAGAGCGGCAACCUCUCAUGUUACAACUGUGGGGCCACCGGUCACCGUGCUCAGGACUGCAAGCAGCCGUCCAUGGACUUCAAUCGGCAAGGUACUUUUAGGUUGAAAUAUGCCCCUCCAGCAGAAAGUCUGGACUCCACAGAUUGAUAUUUUUCUCUGGCAACAGAACACUAUUAAGCCAUGGAGACAUAAGGAAAAUUAAAUACAAAACUGAGAAGUCUAGUUGCUGUUGAGCUUAAUAUUUUUAAUCCAAAGGUGCUUUACUUUAUUAGACUGGAUAGAAAACCUAGCAUAGGAGUGCAUCAAACUCAGUUUUAUUGCCAAAAUUUUAGAUUGGAGCUCGAUGUCAGGACUUGCCUAGUGGGUAUCUCCACCCUUGGUUGCAAUGCAGAGACCUGCCGUCUCUGGAAGAGCAUUGCCGUAACUGGUCCUUCUAGGCUCCCACGUAAUUCCAGGGCAGCUACGCGAGAUCGGAAGUGAGAGCUGAAGGUUGGAGUUCUCCAAGUGGAGUUCUACCAGUCGGACUGUUGACACCCCUGGGUGAGGGAAAAUGUCACCUUUGUUUUGUUUUGUUUUUGUUUUGUUCCUAAAGUGGCUAGGCACUAAUAUCUGGGCUUUUUAAGGAUUGCACUACAGCAGAAUGUAAACUGAUGUCAAUCUCUGCAGUUCUGGGAGACUCACUCCCUGAGACCAGUCAGUGUGAGACAUUCAGAGGAUCUGUCUUUACAGAGUUGGCACCAGCAGGCCACGUGACUUAGUACACAACAGAGAUUUUAGUAUUUACUUCCCUCCUUAGAACACUUUGUAGCAGUUUCAGGUUUUUGAUUUUCUUUUUUGCAAAUAAAUUUAAACUACAUUAUUAAGUAGAAAUAGUUACUCACAACAACUAAUUUCUAAGGGUCCAAGUCCCAGAGAAUUCCUGGUUGUCAAAGCUUUGCGAAUAUGUUCUUUACUGGCCCUUCCAUAGCUUUGAGUCCUGUCAUCUUCCACCAUGAAGGAACUCUCACAGAGACAUGGUGAUGGCACGGCCUUUGUGACUUGGCUCUGACAGAUGCCAUCUGUCCUUAGCAGAGUUUGCAAGUUUUUUUAAUCUCACACAGAUUUCCCAGAGACCCCAAAGCUUAUUGCUAACAGAUUCACACUUGAGACACACAUGUUAACAAUAAUACAGUCCUGUAAUUUAUAAGCAAAAGAUUUGAAAUUUUCCGCUGUCAACUUCUUUUGUAUCAGGCUGUGUAUUAAUAGUGAGUCCUGUUAAAAAUUACCUGGAAGACUAACAGACAGUGGUAGACUCUGAGAGAGACCACACCAGCAGGACAGCUACAGGGUCUGCAGAAGUCUGGUUUUAGCGAGGUGAGAAGUAGUCCUCACCACGCAGCUCUCAGUUCCACCCCACUGCAGGGGGAGCUUCGUGGCCUGAAAUUUAGGGACUUAAAUCUUUAAGACUAAAGGGAAUUUUCUGCUAAAUGACAUUGUUUUAAGUGCUAAAGCCUUCAGUAUUAAAAUAUUGAUUGGUAAGGCCUUGCCCAGGGAUUUUUCCAGAUGAAUAUUUAUUUUUUAAAAAAAUCACAAUGUGUUCAGACCAUUCUUAAAAUGGGACAAUCAGCCUCAAGCAAAAUUGAUGUAAAUUAAAAACACCCUAGAAUUUGAGGCAUUGCGAUGUGAGGCUUCACAUUCUGAGAUCAGUUUCCUGGCCUCAUGGAAACUAAAGUCGAAAGUUGUAACAUUUUUUUUUACAAAAGGCUUUUAGUAGAGUUUUUUAGAGUUUUAUUUUAGUAGAGUUUUAUUUCUAUGCAAUGCAGAAUUGACAGACCUCUGUAUUCUCUUUUCCUGGUACACAGUAUUAUCACAUACAGUUUUUAAGCGACGGUGAUGCUUUCAACAACUUUUGGGGGGAAUGUUUUGAUCUCUAAAGUUAUAAACACUACAAAAAUGUCAAAAUAAUGAGAACUGACACAACUUUGCCUUAAAGAAUAUUAGACUGGAACUUGUCAUGUUAUGUUAAAGGAAGACUUAGAGUGUUCAUUGAUGUUUACGAUUUUAAUAUUUCUGAAGGCCGUUAUAGUGGCCUGGAUAUGUGCUGAAAGCCAAACUUUUAAAUUUUUUUGGUUUUUUAAACAAAGAAAUAUUUUAAAUAAAUCCUAUUUCAACAUAGUGAAAUUGUUGAAAACUGUCUCAUAGCAAAAAAAGUCAUAUUUAGGUUUUUUGUUUUAGUGGUCAGUAUUGGGGAAUGAAAGUGUGUGUUGUUACCCUUACAACUAUUUUGAUAACUAUUAGAGAUUAGUAUUAAAUACAACAAAAAAUUAAAACAAACUUUGAUUUGAAGUAUGACAUUCAGAUUGAGGUAUAUAAGUUCAGACGUUGUGUGGCUGUGUUCCAGUCAUCAAAGGUCUUAGAAAAAUUCCCGGUUUCUUUGAAAGUGCGUGUGUGGUGUGACAUUUCCAAAGAGGUCAUUCCAAGUUGACAAUUGUAAAAUGUAAAUAUGAGGUACACAGGACACAAAGCUGCCGAUCCAUCAGAUCUCUUCCCAAGUGAAUCGCAUAACUUGGACUUGGGAAUAUUUGCUAACAGCAUUAUCUCUGAUGAAUUUCUCUCCAAAAGCUACCAAAGUCAGUAAACCUAAAAGAAGCAUUUUGCAUUUCCUCAGAAGAUGUCCUCACCAGUUAGAAACACAGAUCAGACUGAUCCUUUCAACUACUUAGUCUUUUUCCUGAAAUCGUGGCUGUUUCGAAGUGCUGUGGCAACCAGGUAGGUGUGGCGCCAGCCACUUUGCUUUGUGUAGUCUGUCGUAUAUUCAAGUUUCUAACCCCAUUUUUAUCUCCAAGAAUGGAGAAAGAGGAAUGUACAGAUCAAAGUACAAUACAAUGUUGGGGUAAAACAACUAUUUAAUCUUUUUUUUUUGAAAAGCAAAACACUCAAUUUUAUACCUUAUUUUCUAAUUUUUAUUUUAUGGUAGUAUUGAAAAUUGGAAAGUGUUUAAACAUUAAAACUCCUAAUUGUUAAAGAGCACUGAGGAAAUGGGAGCUAGCACUUCUAAUAAAAAUAGACAAAUUUAUUUUUUAAAAGCAGAUAUGUGAUUGGGUAUUUUAAAAAACCAGCAUCAUCUAUAAUCUCCAAAAGAUUACAGGAGUCAGCUUGUUAAUAUAGUAGUUAGUAGGUUGAGUACUUUAAUUCACUAUAUUUAGAAUUCUAUAGGUCUUUUAUCACAAGAAGUCAACAUAGUUAGUUUACACUACACAUUAUGUAUGGAGGUGCAGUAGCAGUGGUAGUAACUUUGCCUAACGUCACACGGCUGUAACACGUUUCGUGUUUGAGCACAGGCUGACCGAGGCUUGCACUCAUCCACUCACUCCAGUGUUUCCAGUGAGCACUUGCCGAGAGGAAUUGGGUUGUACCCUACCCUCCUCAUUCCCUAUCAUUUUGUCACUCUUCCUGCUUUUGUGGUGGUUUAUUUGAUGCCUUGCUAGUUUUACAUACUGAUAACUGAUGGCGUUACAUGUUGAAGAGUCUUAAAAGGUUAUAAGGGAAACCGUGUCCCUGCUCAGCUUGACCACCCGUCUCAGAGGAUGGGCCUGUGGAACCUAAUCCCAUCGGCCGCUCUUUCCAAAGUACAGAUGACUCCCAAAGAAUGAGUCAGGUGACAUAUAAAGCCAUGGGUUCUGAAGAAGCUCAAUUAUUGACAAGUCCCAAGGUUCUGAAAGAAAAUAUCUUUAAUCAACAUUCAUAAAACUACAUACUGUGCUGGUUGAGGCCAAAGGUCAAUGUUACUACACUGUUAAUGGAGGGAGGGGAGUGUUAGUUCUCCGUCCUGGGUAUUGUAGCAAGCCCCUCACAUGCAUAAGUUCUUACAUGCACAAAGACAAAGGCUUUGGUACUGAAACUGAAGACCUCGUAUACUCAAGAAUCUUCACAGCUUGUAUUGGACAUAUUUGCUUUUUAGGAAUGAAGGAAAAGUCUCCCAUUUUUGAGCCAUUCUUUUGUCAGUCCUACAAAACUGCAUGUAACUUUAUAAAUAUUUUUUAAAAAUAUAGUUUUGUAAAUAUUUAAUAUUCUGCUAAUUUGAUUUUGAAUUGUAAAUGUCAAGUAUUCUGUUUUUGGGGUUUUUAUGUUUUAUUAUACUUUGUUAAAAAGGAAAAAUUGUACAUUUUUAGAAUGUUUUUAUGAGUAAAUUUAAUGUACUGAAAAUAAAAAUUGAAAAAAAAAAACCCUUUC